GUAAAACUGUAUCCCCCACAGGCCAAGUCGUGCAUCUGUCAUAUGUGUGGUGCCCACCUGAACAGACUUCACUCUUGCCUCUACUGUGUGUUCUUCGGCUGUUUCACAAAGAAACAUAUCCACGAACACGCUAAAAGUAAACGACACAACCUUGGAGUUGGGGAAAAGUAUUCAACGUGGGAGCCAACGAAGAGGGAGUUAGAGCUGUUACGGCAUAACCCGAAGCGAAGGAAAAUAACCACAAACUGCACCAUAGGUCUGCGAGGGUUAAUCAACCUUGGCAACACGUGUUUUAUGAACUGUAUUGUCCAGGCGCUUACUCACACUCCGCUGCUGCGAGAUUUCUUCCUCUCAGACCGGCACAAAUGUGAAAUGCAGAGUCCCAGUUCCUGUCUAGUGUGUGAAAUGUCUACCCUAUUUCAGGAGUUUUACUCCGGACACAGAUCUCCUCACAUUCCUUACCGAUUGCUUCACCUGGUAUGGACGCAUGCGCGGCAUUUAGCAGGGUACGAGCAGCAGGACGCACAUGAGUUUCUCAUUGCUGCAUUAGAUGUUCUGCACCGACACUGCAAAGGUGACGACAAUGGGAAGAAGGCCAACAAUCCGAACCACUGUAACUGCAUCAUAGACCAAAUCUUCACAGGCGGCCUGCAGUCCGAUGUCACUUGUCAAGUGUGCCAUGGUGUCUCUACUACAAUAGACCCUUUUUGGGAUAUCAGCUUGGAUCUCCCAGGCUCCUCUACACCAUUCUGGCCCCUGAGCCCAGGAAGUGACGGUGGUGUUGUAAAUGGGGAAAGUCACAUGUCAGGAACGACCACUCUCACGGACUGUCUCAGAAGGUUUACACGGCCCGAGCAUUUAGGGAGCAGUGCCAAAAUCAAAUGCAGCGGCUGCCACAGCUACCAGGAAUCUACUAAACAGCUCACAAUGAAGAAGUUACCUAUUGUGGCCUGUUUCCAUCUAAAACGGUUUGAACAUUCUGCAAAGCUGAGGCGGAAGAUCACAACGUACGUUUCCUUCCCCUUGGAGUUGGACAUGACACCAUUUAUGGCCUCCAGUAAAGAGAGCAGAAUGAAUGGACAGUAUCAGCAGCCGUCAGACAGUCUAAACAGUGACAAUAAGUAUUCCUUGUUUGCAGUAGUUAACCACCAGGGAACCUUGGAGAGUGGGCAUUACACAAGCUUCAUCCGACAACACAAGGACCAGUGGUUUAAAUGUGAUGAUGCAAUUAUCACCAAGGCUAGCAUUAAAGAUGUUCUAGACAGCGAAGGGUAUUUGCUAUUCUAUCACAAGCAGUUUCUGGAGUAUGAGUAACUUUAUUCAGAUUUUUUUCUGAAACAUGUAAAGAUUAUAAACAAAACUAAAGCCUUCUGAGAGGACACACAAACCUACCUGAAAUGUACAAACAAAGCAGACAUUACAGCGGAGCAACGCCGAUAUCACCCCUGCCCGGCUGCCUGGUGGAUGAGCCAUUCAGGUCAUGGCACACGUGGGAGCCAGCGAACAAGCCGGGAAGGCAGAGGGAUAUUGAGAAACUCUGGCACUAAACAUCUCACAUUGAGCUUCUGGGAAUGUGUGGGAAGGCUGGGAGGGGGGGAAUACCAUCAAUAAAGCAUCCUCUCCAUUAUGGUGCUUGAGCUCCAGCUGACCAAUCACAAAUCUUCUAAUUAUGAAAAGUCAAGCCCAGAUUGGAUGCAUGUUGGACUGGCAGCCCUGUGGGACACGACGAGGCCAGGUUGGUAUAUACAAAUCACGGAUGAAACGGAGGACAAGUAUCUCUCCAUUUGUGAAUUUUAGUUAUGAAAUAAAUACAGUAUGAAAAUAUUAAGAUAUCUGUGUUUCUCAGACAGCAUUAAGGAUCCUGAAUUAUGGACUGAAGCUACAUUUACUGAGACAGGUUUUCAGUAUAAAUGUUUUCAUUUGAACUGCUCCUGAAAGGCCGGACAUGAUAUUUUUAUUUUUGUUUGUUUUUUGUUUUUUCAGAUGUGUUUUUAUUUGUCCGUCGAUUGAUAGCAAACUUUGUUUUCUUUUCAUUAAUGCAGUCAUGAGUAAAAAUGAAAACCACAAAUGAAUUGGCAUGAUGUACUGUG